AUGGCCAAGACUGGCAGCACUGGACAGACUCAGAAUGGUCAAGACUGCCAACACUGGACAGACACUGAAUGGACAAGACUGGUGUCACUGGACAACACUGGAUGGCCAAGACUGCCGGCACUGGACAAAACUGAAUGGCCAAGACUGCCAACACUGGACAACACUGAAUGGCCAAGACUGCCGGCAUUUGACAACACGGAAUGGCCAAGACUGGCAGCACUGGACAUCACUGAAUGGCCAAGACUACCGGCACUGGACAACACUGAAUGGCCAAGACUGACAGCACUGGACAGACUCAGAAUGGUCAAGACUGACAACACUGGACAGACACUGAAUGGACAAGACUGGUGUCACUGGACAACACUGGAUGGCCAAGACUGCCGGCACUGGACAAAACUGAAUGGCCAAGACUGCCAACACUGGACAACACUGAAUGGCCAAGACUGCCAGGAUUUGACAAUACGGCAUGGCCAAGACUGGCAGCAGUGGACAUCUUAG